GGUGGCUCCUGGCACCGAUUCAUGAUCUUUCCCGAAGCUCUCUUUUAUAAAUUUCAAUAUUUAUUAGAAACUAAUAACCAGGCAUUUUGUAAAUUAUUGUGCUCACAUAUUUGCGUGUGCUUGAAAUAUCGAUUAAAAGUAAUCAAUACUGCCCGCCGUCGAGAUAUCGUGCCAAUUCAGACUCUUUAUAAUGUGGCCUCCGAGUUUGGAAAUUUAUUGCUUAAAUUACAUUUUGCAGAGAAUAAAAAAGAAUCUAAAAAUACGAUACUUGGACUGUUGAUUUCUUUCGUCAUGAGGCACAUUAAUCGAAUUGUGUCGCAUAUUGCUCGAUUGAUACGAUAUUUGCUACGGUACACGUAUUAUGUGGAUUUCCGUAUGCGCGCUUUACGUAUCAUUCCGCUAUUUUAUAUUCAGAGUCCGUGCAGUUUCAUGAUACACUGCAUGUACGUACUAUUAUUUCUGAUUACAGAGGGAGAACCUUUCGUCAGCGGAAGAAGGCGUCCAUCCCGCUGCGGAAUGUAGUACCUCCACAUUCCCGUGCCGAGCGUGCCUUAUAUUUGUACGUUUCCUUCCGGUCAGAUUUCUCGAUACGAUGCAAAAGAUGCCAAAUCUCCUCGUAGGCGACUAACCGAUCUAUUUUCAGUUUUGCAUUCAGUUUUGCACCAUGACGACCAGAAGACAAUUGAAGUCCCGUCUCGCGCAAGAAAUCAACGAAAUGGCUCAUUCAGCGAUCGCCUUCCGAAUAAUCGUGUUGGAUUUGCAGAAGGGAGAGACUUUACCGUGUGCGAAAAGUAUCACGUGGACAGUAAUACGUACGAAUUGCGUUCUUAAGUCUUCCAAAGAAGAAAUAAAUAGAAAAAGGAAGAAGGAGCCCUUCCUCCUCGCUUAAUCUACGAUCAAGGUAUUUAUAUAUACCUUAAUACGUUAAACGGUAAUUAUUUAAUUGCGAUUUAUACGCUUAGUACUUUAUUGUUCUUAGUAUUUUAAUUAACAUGUCAAACUGAAAGUAAUUUGCGGAGCUUGACGCAAGAAAACAUCGCGUGUCGCUGGUAUUUCGUAAAAUUAAUAUCUUCUCUUUCAAUUCUUCCAACUUUUGUCUUAAUUGCUUGGUUAUGCUUCAUGUGCCGAGGUGGAAAGGCUUUGAUGUAAACGCAAUGCUUGCUUUACGCAAUCGGUACCGCGGUAAUUUCUUCGCAAUAUUGACACAACGUGCGAAUAGCUCCGUUAUUAUUGGCACACUGGCGAAAGAUACACGAGGCCGAAUUUAAAAAUCCUGGACCCUUCACCCGCAUUUCUCGAUUCUUAGUUGAUCCCUAACGUGUCUCUCCUUCGCGAAGCAAUGUGGGUGCGGCACCGUGUGGGCACGUUUUACAGCUCUCGGAAUAUUGUUAGGAACAUCAGCAGGAAAGAAACCUCGUGUCAGCCCCCUUUAUUAACUAGUAGUCAAUAAUGGAGACGACGCGCGAUCGGUGCCGAUCGAUUUCAGAUUACGUUCCGAUCAAUUCUCGUGAGAAGUUAGGUCGUCCUGUUCCCGCAUAAAAUUUCAGCGUCUAUGUAGAUUCCUAUCGAUCGUCCCCGCGUGCAAAUGUGACAGCGAUUCUCCUUCGUCGAGCCCUCCUUAAACCUCGCGACGGGAAUUCUAGAAGGAAAUUCUGGCGAAUUAGACUUUCUAAGCGUGCGUGUUGCGAACGUUAGGAGUCUACCACGCUGUUCCGCAACAUAUAGUACAGUUCUCUCCACUAAUUAACGUUUCUGAUGGAAUGGUGCGGCGAGUCGUGAUCGCCGCACGCUCCUCGGGGACCCGACACCGCCGUUGAUCCUGCUUGACACGGUAAUGCAACGGCAUUUAAUCGGAACUGCCGUUACUCACCGCUCGGAAAAUCGACGCUUCCCGAGCCAACAUUCUUCUUAUGCCCACGACCCGACCCUCGUAACAGAAAAGGGUCCGACUCGAUGCGAAAGCACGAUCCUUACCAGUGAUCUCUUUUCAAUUGGGAAAGAAACACCUCGUUUCUCCUUCGAAUAAAACAGACAUCAAUGUAACGACGAUAUUAAGAAUAAGAAGCAAUGAAAAUGCUUUAUUUCGGACUGGACAGUAUUAACGUUUUGCUUUCCAAAACUAAGAGAAACGUAACAUCUCGCGCGGAUGGCUUUCCCAUGCAGAAUUCCAUCCGAUCGGGCGAUUUAAAAUAGAAUGGACAGACACAGCGGGUGUACACGUCGGAGCAUUUUCACAAAGGACCUCGAGUGUCGAGGGCCUGUUUAUUCAGUCCUCCCUCGACACGACGCGCUGCAAACCGCCCUUCGCUGCCGUCGACGCUGUCGGUUCUCGUCGCGACGCGUGUACUAUAUUUUAUUCGGCGCGCCGAAACUUGGUCCAGGGAGGACCGAGAGGAGAAUAUUCGCGGUCGAGACGAGGAGGAUGUCGAGUAUUGAUUAAGGGGGUGUUCGCCGGGAGGGAUCCUCUCUCCUCGCGGCGGUCGCGUUUCCUCGCUUCGUAAAUGCACAGGGGAUGAAUGGGCGCGGUAGGGGAUCGUCGCUGCGGGGAUCGGGGAUUUUGCUGGAAAGAGGGGGUGCGGCAGGAAUGCACGCACCGGGUGCGUCUGCGCUCACGCAGUGCCUCCGGAUGCGCCCCGUGCGAAACGCGCACCGUAUAUUCACGAUUUUACCGGGUCGGAGACUCGCGAGCCGUAAGGGUACGCGCACGUGGUGUCUGUCGAUGGAGAGUGCUGGGUGCGGGAAGUAGGGUGCAGACAGCGGCAGCGGAACAGAGAUAAAGCUGACGAGGGUGAAAUUGGCAGUCUCGGAGGAAUCGCGAUGCCGAGUGGCGCGUUCGUUCGUCGCAUUAUCGGCUACAAGAGUUUCACCCCUUGACAGAGAGUUCGCCGUUGUGUGAGUAGCCACGUUAUCUUGUACAAAUUUCCUCCGAGGGGAUUCCGGAUGAAUUUCCGACUCUCGGAGAAUCGACGUAGAAAGUCUACGAGAUUUUAACCCUUAAUCGAAGAGAAUCUUUCAAGGAGAUUUUCAAUAAUUACCAAACUUAAAAAAAAACUAAAAAAAUAAUUAAGUAAUUAAAUUUUCCCAAUAAAGAUGCUUUUAUCAAAAUAGUUCGUUGCGUCACAGACGCAAAACGUGCUAAGGAGGAGAAAUCAAUCUUUCUAUUUAAGGGUUAAACGUCCCUUUCCGUGAUGUACAUAGUACAUACAUUUCGCCCUAUACGUCUCCAUGCGAAUGUCGUGCGUACAAUAGCGACUGUCAGAGCUCGUUCUCGGGCACGACAUGGUAGGGGCCCGAGAUCCGCCGGCGAUAUCUCCCUCUCCGUCCCGAGCACUCUUGGAGCGUGCCGGCACCGAAGGGCUGCAGUCGUGAUCGGAUGAUCGGCGGGUACGGGUCGUUGUCGUCGUUCCCGUCGUUCGGGGUGUCUGAUUGUCAAGAGAACGAGAGAUCAGGGUUUCGAAUUCGCAUUGAGUCCGCGUUUCGAGUUCGCGAAACGAGAAACUCCGCGUUCAUGCAACGAGCGAUGUUACACACGAGAGUUCCUCAGGCGUCACUUAAUUGCGAGGCGCGCGUUCCUGCGUGACAUCGCCCGGGAACGGCCAGGCAACUGUCGCGGAGGGUGAAGUGGGUCCUGGAGGAGGACCCGACACGAGUCAGGAGGGAAGAAGGAUCGAGAGAAGAUCUGGCGCGCGGCACCGGGACCACCCGCCGCACCAGGAUGUCGUACACCAACCGGUUCCCGUCUUCCCAGCACACCCGUUAUCGCAGCAGCUGGGGACCAUCUUCGGUGUCUGUCUUCGAUCGGGCCGACGUACCGCGGCCGUCACCGGAAGAGGAAGAGUACGAGUUCUACCAUGAGCGGUUGCACUCGGCGCAGAGCCGCCAGUUGAUACCGCUUCAGGAAGACUUGGCUGAUUGGAUCAACAAGACGAUUAAUGUCGAUUACAUAACGGGCGACAAUUUCUUCGACGUGCUCGAUAAUGGCGUGGCCGUGUGUCGAUUGGCAAGGGUUAUCCAGGAGAAGGCGAGAUCCGCGGUGGAGGCUGGACGGGCGAAAGGGCCGGCGCCGAUGAUACGAGGCCGUUGCUGGGAAAACGCCGCGCGGCGCAGCUUCUUCUCCCGCGACAACAUGGAGAACUUCAUACAGUUCUGCCGGCGACUGGGUGUCCACGAGAAUCUCCUCUUCGAAAGCGACGAUCUCGUUUUGCACAAUCAGCCGCGAAACGUGGUGCUGUGCUUGCUGGAGGUCGCGCGACUUGCGGCUAGAUAUUCCCUGGAGCCGCCCGGUCUCGUGCAGCUCGAGAGGGAAAUCGCGGCGGAGCAGGAGCGAGAUCUUCAUUGUUUGUCCGACAGCGGCAUAUCUCACAGCAGCCUUGUCUCCUGGCAGUUCCAGUCGCCAUCGCCGACCGCGACGCCCAGACCGCCGUCCGAGAAGAUCAAACACAGCAGCUCGGCAUCUGAAGUCGCGACGACGGCCACACGAUGGUUGGAUCCGGUGACUGGCGCCACGCAUGAACCCGAGAUGCGAAGGUCCGUUAGCGACAAUGGCCCUACUGGAAGCGAUGGAGUGCCCAGUGACACCACCGAGGAUGAUUGGUCUCGCGGUAGUCCCGAGGAUCCGGACGAAGUGCCGUCACCGUCAAGUUCGCCAUCGCCAUCGCCAGCCGAGCCACCGGAGCACACCGGUCCGAUAACGGAACUCGAUCGCAAGGUAAGAAGAGCGACCGAGGCCGUCCAGAGACUCUGCCAGUGCCCAUCGGAAAAGUGCUCCAAGUUGAAAGUGCGCAAAGUCGGGGAAGGUCGCUAUCACAUCGCGGGACGUAACGUCUUCAUCAGGCUUCUCAAGGGGAGACACAUGAUGGUGAGAGUGGGCGGCGGGUGGGACACCCUGGAGCACUUCCUGGCGAGGCACGACCCCUGUCAGGUGAGGGUCCUCAACCGCGAGGGCACGCCGCCACCAGCUCGCGGCACCAAGCACGACAGCUUCCUGCACAUUCGCGCCAAGUAUCGCAGCCCGCCGUUGGAGCCGAGCCUCUCACGUCGAUCGCUCGCCUAAGAGCACCAGCACGUGUAGUGGCCUAAUCGUGCGCCCACAUAAUUACGCGGUCCCCUCGGGGGUGCACACGCGCGUGGCGCACGUACGAUUUCACGUUAUGGCCUGCAACUGAGCUUGACGUCUAUCCGAGAGCAAGACUAUCGGAAGACAAAGUGGGGAAACCACUGAGACAAGUGAUUGAGAGAAAGGAAGCAACUUUUGUAGCACUUCCGGCACACUGCAUUUGUACAUUAAACGUACGUGCUGUACGUUAUCUACGUUAUCUACGUAAUUAUCUUUACGUAAGCGUGAUCCUCGACAGUAACUCUCUCGGAUAGACUGAAUUUCGCUGUGACACGGCGCUAUCAUGCCCACAUCCAUCUCUGUCUCGUCUCAUGGGAGUAUUCUUGACAUGAUCGGCCGGCAACUCGAUGACGGACGUCGAUGAACGGACGCGGAUCGGUCGACGUGUCAGAAACGACGCAACGAAACGUGGCGACUCGAGUCAUCGAGCAGGAACGGCGAUUUCCGCGCACGAUUACAUUCCUUCUUUCCUAAGUAUACUUGUCGAGUAUUCGCGGGGGGGAAAAAAGACGACCGCAAUUCGCAAUUCCCAAGAAUUUGCGGCCACCCGCGGCGCACAUUCCGAUAUUCGUGCUUGCGAGUAGCUAUCGUUCCUCUAUCGGGGAUCACCGGCUACGCACCGCCUACGACAAGCUCGCAAGAUGCCUCUCUUCCAAAUCCGUAGCCACUCACGUGCAUCACCAACUGUGUCAAGUGCAUUUGUCACGUACAUGCGUACAACAUAGCUCGAUCACGGUGUAGAGACGCACACAACUAUUUUUAUUACAGAAUAGGAGCAGGUAUUCAGGUAUGCUCGGAGAGCAGACGCCUGCGUCCUGUCGAAGCAUGUCCUCGCUGAUGCGUGAUACGCUCUGGUUUUCCCGAAACGCGAUGGAUAACGAUAACGAAUAGCCAAAGUUCUGUAUCCGAGAUUUGACCCGCGAAUUUACAGAGACUUUGUCUAUUCAGUAUUAUCGUAUCGCAUGAGACCGUAGUACGUUUUCGUCUCUUCAGGGUACCGAGGGUAAUCAGCAUCUCUCGGAGAUCCCUCGACAGGGCUCAGGGAACGUGAUGCACUUGGUAGUGGUAGUGUCUAAGAUCGCAAUGACCAAAUUUAUUUUGAGAACCGCGUCUUUAUCAGGAUUUCGCUUCAUCGUAUAUUACUAACGAAGAAAUUGAUAAUAAUAACAGUAAUUUUUUGUACGAGUAACUUGUAAACUGAAACAUGCUGCGCCUGCGUGUGCAAUAAAAAGGAGACAAAAGUGCAAUUAAAAUCUCAGGUAGAGUAUCGUCGUCCAUACAAACGUGUCAUGCCUUAAGAAGAUCGAUCAAUGAUUUUCUCGACGAGAUUCGUUCGCGAAUAUGUACACUGAUCUUUCCCUCAAGCAAUCGUCGUGCCAGUGUUACAGAGAGUUUGUAGUCGAACUGGACACGCGCCUUUCUUAUCACUAGCUUGCAACGUAUCUUUGAAAUGUACUCAACUUGAAUGUUCAAGCUCGCUUUGGUCAUUGCUGUAUUCAUACAUAUUCUUACAGUGCACUCUCAUAUUUUGCGACGCGAUCAGGCACUCGUAUCGUAUAAUAAUCGCGCGGGGUCGGCCUGAUUUUCUUACACAUUCAGUAUCACAAGAAUCAAUCUGCCAAUUAAUUAUAUCGCAUUAAAUUUGGCAAAUUCUUUCCUCUAUGUUUAUUUGUAUUAUUAUGUAUUAUAUAUUGUACGAUAUUUAAAUGAGAAUCGCGCGCUAAUUAUCAUAAAAUAUCGUAUACUUAUAUCAGAAGCUUCUUCAAAAAUAUUCUCUAUCAUAUCUUUGAAUGAUCGUUACUUGCCAGCUCGCGAUUCUCAUUUCAGUCGGCCCUGCGACUCAUCGACGCGCACUUUAACACUCGAUUAAUAUUCUUCAAUACGCAACUUGUACCGCCUAACGUGUAAAGUGCUUCACGAUUAAUCGUCAUACACAUAUAUAUAUAAUACAUAUGUAUUUUGUACUUUUUUAUAUAAAUAGGAUAAGGGAUCAUCCACGGUCGGCCUAAACGUUAGCCGAGAUAUCAUUAAAAACUGUAUCAAUUAUUCCGCUUACAGAAGUGCAAGAGCACGGCGUGCAAAGGGAUGCCAAAGCAAAGAAACACGCGCCGACGAGUGUUAUCGGCCCGCUGAAGCCGACGAGUCGUCAUCUGCGCGCGAUCCGCUUCUAAUGAUCACGUCGAACGGUGGUAUUUGCUUUCACGGAUCUAUAUCUCCUGCGCGCGCGAAUCACCAGUCAUGCAAUCAGUUCACCGUCGUUCGAGAUUAUCCUUCGCGACGUAGAGUCUUAUUACGACGUAGAGUAUAUAUUGGAGGGCAAUUUCUACUGGAGGGCUUAUUACGUAGACAUAGAUUUAGCGAGAACCAUUGUACGCGCAUUGUAUUGCUGGACACAGGGCCUUACGUUGCACAGACACGAUCAGACCGCGAAGUCGCUUCUUAUGCUUCGCUGUUUUAAUUAAAUAAUUCAGUCGAACGCGAUUAAACCGCCCUGCCUAAUUAAGCUGAUUUCGCCAUAUUACGUAAACUGUAAAUAUACGUUGCUCUGACGACAUCGACGGGAUAGUUGAUUUAAGUUUAUUAAUCGUACCUGCGUUAAUGUUCAUCAGCGGAUCUUGAGUAUAAGUUGUGUAUUCUGUAUGUUUGGGUAAACUGCUUUUUAUCAGACAUUAUGUUUGACGUUAUUCGGAUCUUUCGAUCUUUUGCAGUUGUCGAAAGUAAAUGAGAAUAUGUGUGUCUUUCAAUGAUAUUGAGAUUAUAAAAUUUGUUGAAUUAUUAUUAUUUGUAACGAGGUGUCAGAGCGGUUUAAAUUGAUAAGUGCGCGUUUUUAAAUAUGCUAUUGUCUUUCUCGAUGCUGUUACGUUUCAGCGUGAUAUUCGGCUAUUAAUUCAUCAGUAUCGCGCUGCUUACAUUCACGAUAAUUGUACGAAAUUUUCGUAACAAGUUUUACAAUUUCGUUUAAUGUACGGUAUAAUGUAUGAUAUGCUGCACGUAUAUAUUAUCUUAGCCGAUCAAGUUUAAGUUCGAAGAUAUAAUUAUGUCGGUUGUUAUAUUUUGUUGAGCAAUAAAAUAUUUGACCACGAAA